UCAAAUCUUAUAUGAACACACAGUGCCAUGGAAUUGAUGAUUGUCUUUAGCAGGUAGUGAUUGUGCUCGAGGUGGCCACAGUUAUUAUCAAUAACGGGCCUGCAGUACAAGUACAGUAGACCUUGCUGUCGCUCUUUAAACGUGUCCAAGGAAUCUCUGGCACGUACCUGGCUCUUUCUUUCUUGAUUGAAAAGACACAGGUCAUGGCGUCCACGUUAACGCAAUCCAACACCGCAAACACCACAAUGUUUCUGGCACCGGCAAUGACCUUACGAGGUCAUGAAGACCAAAUUCGUUCUAUAUCCUACUUUCCGAAAGGCAAGCGAAUGAUCAGCGGAUCUGAUGAUCUUACCGCUCGGCAAUGGGACAUGCAAGUGGGUAAAGAGAUUCCCAAGUUGCGGGAUGUUUGUAAGCGGCAAAUCCGUGCGGUAGCAGUUUCCAGGGAUGGUCGAUGGGUUGUCACUGGUGGUUCACAUUCUGGUCGCGGGGAGCUCAAAGCGUGUGAUGUUCAGACGGGCAUCGUCAAGACAUUUGAAGGCCACUCAAAAGAAACUUAUUGCAUUGAUAUAUCUACAGAUAGCACGUUGCUUGUGAGCGGGGCAAUCGAUCGCUCGGCUCAUAUAUGGAGCUUGGAGACCGGAAAAUUGGUGGCUGGACCAUUCACAAGUCUUCAGGGUCUGGGCGCAGUUCGAUUCUCGCAUGAUUCGAAGAAACUUGCAGUAAAGUCAGAUGUGGGGAAGUGUCUUGAGGUAUGGGGCGUGCACACACAGAAGUUGGACGUCAGAGCAGGAACGUUUGGUUACGAUCCCAUGUCAUAUGCAUCCGUGUUCUGGACAAAGAAGACACAAUCUCGGCAUCGACUUUCAAACCUUUGAGGAGCUCUUACAAGUUCUGCAGCAACAUGGAUAUG